AGUCACGAGAGGGCGGCAUGCAGCUCCAGGCACAGGUGCUAUAUUAUGUAGACAGACGACUGUCAUUAGGACUAAAUGGUUGUAAGGCACAGACAGGCAUGACUAGUGUAUGAGAGUUCCAGACAGUCUGCAAAAGUUCUUUGAAGAUGUCUGGCUCAAAUGUGAGGCAAGUCCCAAUUCUUUCCAGACCAAAUCAAACUACAUCAUUCAUCCUCAAUGGAUAUCUGAGGCCAAAACAAACAGACAGCCGGAACCUCUGGUUAGACGUCCUUGGCCUUGGGAGCAGCCUCGAUUUAAAACAGAUUACCAGAUGUUUGUGAACAGCGAGAAAGUUGUCUCUUCGUCGGACGGGCCAAGGGAGCGAAACGAAAUUUCAAACUAUCGUCAGAGAGUACCUGAUGUUAGCUCCCCUGCAAGCCCACCCUAUUUUGUGAGGAACCCUUUGAUGAAUGAGAGAAUUCAAACUAACGUGACAUUUUAUUUCUAAGGCUAUCUAGUACACUCCUUUUUAGAUUAAAAAAUAUGCUUUAAUAAAUCUGUUUAUAUAUAUGCACAGAUAAUACAAAGUUACAAUAUUAUUUUAACAACUAACAGAAUUUAGAUAGUAAUUUAGAUCUAAGAAUAAUACAAUCAUAACUGCCUUUUUAUACCAAACGUGUGUCAAGUAGUCAACUCAUUAUUUCUGUCUAUCUUUCCUCUAAAAAUGUGUACACGUUAUUUCUAGCACACCCAUUCUCGGAUCAAGUUGAGACUUUGCUAUCAUUGGCAUAGACAAGACAUGAAUCAAUACAAAAAAUUAAACAAUUACCUCAUGACUCUUGGAGUGGAAACUGAGUUCCUCAUGACUCUUGGACUGGAAAUUCAACAAAGAAACCAGUCCAAUAAGUCCACCAUGAUGUCUCAGGAAUGUGACAGUUUCGUGAAAUGAAAUGGCAGUCCUCCCAUGAAACUCAAACACAAUGAAUUCCUAUAGGUUUAUGAACUUUGAUUUUCGGAUGCUUAAAGCUAGGAGUAAAAGAACACUUCAUUAAAAAAAAAAAGAAUGAUCCAAACAACAAAUGCCUUUAUCACAGACAACCACAAAGCAAAGAUUCUGUUUCUUUCUUGACCAUUUGGAGUCACGUGGCAUCAAGUAGAAGGGAGUCUGUCCCAUGACUAAACACCUAAAUGGAAUUUAGUGAAGGCUCCCCGCAGGAAUUUUCAGCUUUAAGAGUAGCUAAUCAUCUUUGUAUAUUGAGUGCUAUGUCCAAAAAAUUAGUCUUAGGAAACCCUAAUCUGGCAAGUAGCAUUGAGUCAUAAAGAGAAAAAAAAAUUAGAAACGAUUAGCUAAAAAAAUAUCUGAAAUUAAAAUGUUUAACUGGAAUUAAAGCAAUGGCAAGUGUAUGCAUUUAGUCUAAUGCAUUACAAGAAUACGAUUUCUGGCUUAAAACCCAGAUUGGGCAACAAACGUAAGCACUGUUCAAUGCACACAAAGUUUGUUGUUUUGGCUAAAACAUUUGAACAACAAAAACAUAACUCACCAUGUUAUAUAUUUACACUAUAUCUUGUGUUGUUUUAUUAUUUAUUUGAGUAUAAUUUUCCAUUACUUUUGCAUAACAGCAUCUGUCUAUUCCUAACAGUGUAGCAUGAUCAAAAUACAAGAAAACAACUUUAUUUCUAUUUUAUAACAUUGUAAAAUUAAA